GAGGUUAGUAGUUUAUUUGUAAAUUUUUUUAUCUCUAAUAAUUUUAUCAAUUUUUAAUUUAAUUAAUUAUCUGUUCAGUCAUGAAAUACCUAUUAUAAAAAUAAUAUAUAUUAAUGUCAUUAUAAAAUAUACGAAUCCUGCAAAUGGCUUUCAUACGAAACAUAUUUUCUAAAUCUCUAAAGCACAACUCUUUGGUAGGCUGGGUCAGAUUCCAGCACAAUGCAGGCGAACUGGGCUCAACAACUCACAAGGUUAAUAACCUAGAAAGAAGAUUUCUUGUAUGGACUGGCAACUACAAAACCGUCAAGGAAGUCCCCACGUACGUUUCCCAAAGUACGAUGGAAAAGUGCAGGAACCGUGUUAGAAUCAAAAUAGCUAAUUACAUGAUGCUGGCUACAGUAAUAGGCUGUUUCGCGAUGGUGUACGUAGGUAAAAAAGAAGCGAAAGAAGGAGUAUCGUUGGUCAAACUCAAUCAGCAAUGGCACGACGAUUACAAAGCCCAGAAAGAGAAGGAAGGUCAAGUUUCAAAAUAAGCAGAUAUUGUAUAUAGUAAUGUAGCAAAUGAAAUAUAUUUUUCUUUACAGCU